AUGCAGAUUGUACCAGUAAAAAUUCAGCAAAUACAUUUCUACAUACCAAUUCCAAAGUAUCAAGAAUAUUAUUAAAAUUUUUUAUUCCAACUUUUAGGAGUUGGCUGCCUACUGGCUAAUUUGCAUGCCAUUAUUUUAAUUCUAGAAAGUCACCAUUUUAUUUGGAAGACUCUAGGUGGUAUCAGCACCACCACUGUAGCACUGAUGGAAGGGAGCAACACGUCCUCUACUGACUUCACCUUCAUGGGCCUGUUCAACACAAAGGAAACCUCAGGCCUGCUUUUUACUAUCAUCACUGUCAUCUUCUUCACUGCACUGAUGGCCAACGGAGUCAUGAUCGUCCUGAUCCAAACUGAUCUGUGCCUCCACACCCCCAUGUACUUCCUCCUCAGCCACCUCUCCUUCAUUGACAUGACGUACAUCUCCACCAUCGUGCCCAAGAUGCUGAUCGAUUACCUGCUGGGUCAAAGGACCAUCUCCUUUGUGGGGUGCACCGCUCAACACUUCCUCUACCUUACCCUUGUGGGAGCUGAAUUCUUCCUUCUGGGCCUCAUGGCCUAUGACCGCUAUGUGGCCAUCUGCAACCCUCUGAGAUAUCCUGUCCUCAUGAGCCGCCGGGUUUGUUGGAUGAUCAUAGCAGGUUCCUGGUUUGGUGGCUCUUUGGAUGGCUUCCUCCUAACCCCCAUCACCAUGAGCUUUCCCUUCUGCAAUUCCCGGGAGAUUGACCACUUCUUUUGUGAGGCACCCGCGGUGCUGAGACUGGCAUGUGCAGACACGGCCCUGUAUGAGACAGUGAUGUACGUGUGCUGUGUGCUGAUGCUGCUGGUUCCUUUCUCCGUGGUGAUCGCGUCCUACGCGCGAAUCCUGACCACCGUCCACCGCAUGAGCUCUGUGGAGGGGAGGAGGAAGGCGUUUGCCACCUGCUCCUCUCACAUGACUGUGGUGACCUUGUUCUAUGGCGCUGCCAUGUACACCUACAUGUUGCCACACUCUUACCACACCCCCGCCCAGGACAAAGUCCUCUCCAUGUUCUACACCAUCCUCACACCCCUGCUGAACCCCCUCAUCUACAGCCUGAGGAACAAAGAUGUGACUGGAGCUCUGAAGAGGGCGCUGGGGGGGUUCAGGGCUUCUCAGAGAGUGUCGGGAGGUGUCUUUUGA